AUGAUAGGAGCUGCAGUAUUAGUCGUACGACGACGACUAAACUUCCAAGGAUGUAUGGCAUGGAUUAACGAUGAGGACAAUUGUAGCAUUCUUUCUGCUAGCAGCAGCGGUGCUGGUGCAGGCACAAGACUCUGGGACAAGAGAUAUAAGGUUACGUUUGUUCUACUAUCAGAAGUUGAUGGUGGAAUUUGGAAAGAAGAGCUCGACGCCUACAAAGCCACAGAUCCGUCCCCAUUCGUUGCAAUCAAUGUCAACAAGCUAUGGAUCCCCAGAAAAGUAAAAGAAACAGUUGUGUUAAAGAGACCCACAUGUGACAUUUGAAUCUCGAAACAGAACAUUUUGUUUCGAGACAGAAGAGCCCCUGAAUGAAACCAUUGAAUUGUACGCUGCAAUGGAAUUAGGGAUCAAACUGAAUAUUGACUUCCGCUCAGACAAGCCAAAUUCAGCCAAAGAUGAAAUGUGGAUUCAUGAUAUCGGAAUUCUCUCUCCGGAUGUGAAUGUCAUGGUAAGCAAGAACAGGAUCAUUGUGGUAAACAAUAUUGAUGGCACAAAGAAAUCAUUGGCAUGGAACAGCGAUGAUUCUUUCGAAAUCAACAAUAAUUAUGUGAGUGUGGAUGGCCAAGAAAUGUUCUAUACGAAAUAUGCUGAUGAGGCUGCAGACGUGGAAGAUCUAGAGAUUGUUGUAUUCAGGACUUCUUCAGGAUCAAUUGAUGUAAGCUUCUCGAAUGCAGAUGGUGUAAAGACAGAUGGAUUUAUUCCGAGUGCUAUUUCCCAAAUUGGUAACGUUAGUGUUGAUCCAAACCAACCAAACAUACUCAAUAUGGCGCCUGUGUGGGAUGGAACCAAGAUGAUUGAGGCUCAACGAUACAAAAAAAAUGCUGGAAGAUAACACAC